GCGGGACGAGCCGGGGGCGCCCGUCCGGCCCGCCUGCGAGUCAGGCCUGGGGCAGCAGGACGAGCCGGGGACGCUUAGCCGGCCCGCCUGCGAACCGGGCCUGGGACAGCAAGACUGACGGUCUCGGCCGCCCGCCUGCUUGUGGCAGAUGGAAGCCAGUCUGACGUGCGCCGUGUGCCUGUCCCUCUUCGAGGAACCAGUGACGCUGCCCCUCUGCUCGCACAACUUCUGCCGGGACUGCGUACUGGAGUGCUUGGCCUCGGCCGAGACCGCCCGCCUGCAGCAGCAACGGGGCCAGGGUCAGGCCCGCCUUUCUCGGGGGGGGCCGGGGCCGGGCGGGGGCGCGGCUGGCACACGUGUGUCGUGCCCACUGUGCAGGAAGCUGUGCCCGCUGCCCCGCGGCGGUGCCGCCGCGCUGCCCGUUAACACCACCCUGGCGGAAGUGGUCAAGCUGUACAGGUCCGGCAUGGCCGGGGCCGCGAAGGCCGGGGAGGCAGAGGAAGGACAGGGGGCUGGCCCGCUUUCCUCGCUGGCUCUCGGGGGAACCUGCCAGAAGCAUCCGGGCGGGCUGGUGCAGCUCUACUGCCGGAUGUGCCGCCAGGCGGGGUGCGGGCUGUGCGUCUCUGAGGAGCAUCAAGGUAUCUUCCACUCCGUCAACCUCAUCGAGACUGUGUACCAGGAGGAAAAAUUAACCUUCUUCAGCAGUCUGAAAAAAAUGAGAAUAAUAAAUGAGAAGCUGAUGAAUGAAAUCUCAAGUCAGCCAGAUGAUAUGGAGAUGGUGCUGAACAGUGAUGCAGAGGUAAUUGCACUGGAAUUUGGAGAAAUUUUCAAAACUCUGGAAAUGAAGAAGCAGCAGUUGCUGGAAGAUGUUGAAAAUCAAAAAAGUAAAAAAGAGAAAGAAUUUCAGAUUUGGAAGAAAAUGAAGGAAACUCAUAAGAAAACUAUUGAAAAUUUUUUGAAGGAUUGUGAAAAGCUUGUCCAUGAGUGUGAUCCUCAGCGUUUCCUGGAGGUGGCCUGUGGCUUGAAUACAAGAAUGAAAACUCAGCUUGACCUGAUGAGUAUAGCAUCCAGCUAUGAAAAAUCACCAGUGUAUACUCAAAAGAAGAUCGAUAUCAAACCUGUGGUUAAUGAAAUCUUGGCUUUGAAGUUCAUGUCCAUUAAUGAAGAUCUACCUUCUGGAGGAAAUGACAAUUCAACAAAAAUUGCUCUCUUUAAAAAUAACAUAAAGCAAUGGCAAGUGCAGAAGAAUAUGCCCAAUGCAUUUCUUCCUGUAGCAGGACAGGAGGAAGUGCUCACAGAUGGCAGCAGGAUCUGUACCCGCCUAAUGUCGAUAUCAGAAAUGUCAGCAUUUCAAAAUAUGAGUCAUGAGGAGUUACGUUACAAAUACUAUAUGGAACGGCAGAAGCUCACCAGUGAGUUCAAGACGCAAACUUCAUGUGCCAACAAAAAGUACAAGUUUGUGACUACUGAGGCUUUGAAGUACAGGUCCUUAGGAACUUUUCUGGUAUCUUCACCUGCUGAAGCAAAUAACACAGAUACAGUAAAAACGGGUCCCCUGCAAAGAGCAGGUGGCUUUUCUGGAACCAAUAAUCACAGUAUCCCAUCCACAAAUACGAAUGUUUUUGAAACAAAUGGUGACUUAAAGUUGUUUCAUGAGAGGUGUUCCCAGGAAGUAACCACUCUAGCCUCAUCAGAAAAUUCAAAAGACUUAGUAAUUAAAGAAAAAACACCAAUUCAGGCAUCAGCAGUUACUGUUACUAAUGAAAUGGCCAGAAAUUCUAGUGCUUCAUUUGGCUUAAACCCAGCAGCAUCAGUGGCUGUUACUGUUUCAAAUUCAGAAAUUCUGGAUGUUUCUGGAGAGAGACUUUCUGCUUCACCUUUUGCUUUCAGUGCAUGUAACAAUUCAUUACCCAGAUUUAUGAAAGAUGCAGGUGCAUUUUCCUUUAAAAAGAAAGACAGGAAAUAUGUUUUCCCUCAGUUUUAUCUGGGAAAAUGUGAUCGUGCAGAUAAAACCAAUAACCAGGAUGGAAACAGUUUUAGAAAGCAUGGUCCUGUAAGCAAACCCACGGCUUCUGAUGCUUCUACCAGUUUCAAUUUAGACUCGGCAGAAAGUGAGAAGCCAGCUAUUCCAUUUCUCUUUGGCAAUGCUGAAAGAGAUUGUUUUCCAAGAUUGGGAGUCAGCAAUUCAUUUAAAGUUUUACCAUUUUCCUCAUUUUUUAGCCAAUCCAGAAAGCCAUCUGACAAAAGUACAUCAUCUCACAUAAGUGAUGAAACAUCUUCUGCAACAGAAACUGGAGAACAUCAUACACAGAAACCAUCUGUUUCAUGGGAACAAAAAGGUGGUACCUCAGAAUCCAUCACAACUUGCAGUGCUUCAGAAACCACCGCGGCGUCUGGGGUGAAUGAUGUCUCUGAUUCCUCACUUGUCCCCAGUAACUGUGUGUUCUCCUUCAAUAGUAACUGUUUGCAGUUUGCUUCACCAGUAUUUUCGUUUGGAAGUAUUGUCAGAAAUACUGCUGAUUCACUAACUUCCUCCGUGUGUUUGUCAGGAAAUGCUACUGAAAAAAUGGAAAAAGAGAAAGUGACAUCUCUGAACAAAACACCUUUAUGUCUAGGGAAGUUUGCACCUUCAGAGUGUUCAGAGUCUGCUUCUAGACAUAGUCAUCCAGAAUGUGAAGGAUCUUUCCUGCAUGUGAACUUGCCUAAGAAAAUGGGAAGCGCAGAAAUGCCUGCUAGCAGUAAUUCUUCUUGUAGUCAGCCUUUAUGUUCCAUCAUCUUUCCUGUUAAAUGUGAGACUGCAUCUUCUACUCAACUUAAUACAGCAACAAAACAAGAAAUAAAAGAUGAAGAAAGUGAAACUGUUGCUGAAAAUGCUUCCUGUCCUAAGAGGGAAGAACCUGAGUCUGUACAGUUUCAGAAUGCAGCUUGUUCUGUAUCUGGCACGUGCAAUGAUCUAUGUUCUGGAGGUUCUGUGCUUAAGGUAAAGGAAGCAGGAGGAAUGUCAAGUGACAGUGAUUCUGACACUGAAGAGCUAAGUCAAACAUCUGUCUCUACUGAUACCAGUAGUUCAUCAGAAUAUUUUUCUGUUGCUGAAGACAAAGUAUCUCCUAGAACAAAAACAGAAACAUAAAGAGAGUGAAAUGGAAGAUAUCUGUGACUUUAGAACUAUUCUCCCUGAUUCUUGCCAAUUGAAAUAUUUUUGUGUUAGAAACAACUGCUUAUCAGUGAGUAAAAUGUACUAAAGUGAUUUUAUAAUGCAAACCCAAAAGGAAAAAACAACCAAAAAUGUCAUAUCUUGUUAAAGACUGAAGUAUGACCAUGUAUACUGUAUCUUUAAGAACGCUGUCCUGAGAUGUGCCACUGCAGUAUGUGUGGGUAAUGGGGGCCUGAGGUGUCUGGGAAAGCAGGUUCAGUGAAGCUUCAGAAACAGGAAGCAGUAUUGCUCUACUGGUACUGCACAGCAGCACCAGUGGUAGGGUUAAAUCAGUCAGACAACAGCAUUCACUGCACAUGCAGACAGAGAAGGAGGACAGCUGUGGGGAACAAAAGGAUGUUAAAGGGUGUUGCAGAAAAUUGGUUUUCAAAUAUCUGUUUGGCUGUUUUCUUUUUCUAUGAUUCCAGUGUAAUUCCAGUCAUUUCUCUUCUGCUUUUGAAAUUGAAACACCACAUCAAUGUUCUUGUUAUACACAGUAGAAGGGUGUCAGCUGCCUUUAUGAAAUUCUGCCUUUAUGACAAGUAACCAUCAUUAUAACUGAUACUUGGUUCCUUUUGGCAACAGUUUGGGCGUCAGUGGACAGGAAUUAACGUGCUGUUUUGAUGAAAGCAUUAGGAGAGUCUAGUUUUUAAAACAAAACAAAAAAAAAAUCCCCUUUUAAAACUUGUGUAACAGGAAAACAGCACCCUGCACUCUUAAGUAUUAAUGAUCCAAAAGUCAUUGACUAUGAAAUUUAAUACAAAGUGAGGAUA